UUUAAGGCUUGAAAAUUAUAGCUGACUUAAUCCCUCUAUUAUACAAAUAUGAUGACUGCAUUGCAGUUUUAUUUAAGAAUAAUUUAGUGUAGCGGCCCAUGGUUAUAGAACAGUUCUGACCACAGUGGCCUCUGAUACUGGACUUACUCGCAGAAAUGAAACUUGACUGUGUUCGAGGGAAUUAGUGGGUUACAUUAUGGCUUGCUCUCUUUCACAGCUGAAAGAAUUGACAGUUAUUAAAUAACACUGGGCCACCGUAGUCCCUUCUCUUUCUUGUCUAAUGGUUCUUCAUCACGUGAGGUCAGUUGGAAUGGCAAACUUGUUUGCUUGCCCCCUCUCCAUCUCUCCCUCCUUCUUUCCUUUCUCAGCACAUAAUACUCAACGUGGUGGAAAGGGAACAAAUAAGUAAAUGCAAAAAAUAAUUUCCCAGACUCUAUCAGAUAUCUAUCAGAUAUCAGUAACAUUAAAAAGAUAGCACCUCACCCUUCUUCCCCUGUCACGCACACAUGCACACACAUGCACACAUCACACAUCACACAGUACCUGACACAUAGGAGGUAUUUAAUAGACGUUUGUCGAAAACUAGUUGGUGAAGUAGGAGCACUGACAGCCUCCAGCCCCCAGCCACAGGCUUCUAAGCUGUGCCUAGAGGUUAACCUCAAAAGCUAUGACCCUCUCUAGUACUGCAACCGCUGGAAUAAAUGGAGUUGAUGAAUUUGAUACUUAACCUUAUCCAUUCAAUAACCUUAUUGAUGCCUGGCCUUUAUGAAUUGCCAAGUUCUAGUUCCAAGAAAAUAGAGAAACCAAAGGAGAGAAAAUAUUCCUUACAUUCAGAGAAUUUAUUAUCUUGUUGAUAGAUUGUAUUGACACAGCUGAAGUUCAGAAAUAACAAAUCUCAGCUCUUUAGUUUUAUUCCUCAGUAGCAUCUAGUUUAUGCAAAAGUGGCUUUUCUUAAUUUGGAAGGCCCUUUUGAUAUUGAAGGUAGAUGCAGAAAUUUGCUUAAUUCAAAACAGAAUCUUGAGUUUUAUGAUUUUCAUGAUUUUCUCUUAAUUGGUAACAUUUAAUAAUAAUCAUAGGUGACUCAUUUUGGAGGGGUUUGUGGCUGGUUGUUCAAAGGUAAAAUGAUGUUUUUGGCUCUAAUUUGAUGGAUUUGAAUGACAGCCUGUAUAAUUCAGUUUCUGCCUAACUUGCCAUCCUCCCCAUUCCUUGCUAAAAGAAAGAACCAAAUAAGGAGCUUAAAAAAAAAAACCCAAACCACUCUGAACUGUUUUAAUUCACAUAGUCAUUUUCAAAGAGGUAGUUUGACAAAAAGAUGUAGUCUGCGACUUUUAUGUGUGAGGUCAAGCUUUCAAUCCAUUAGAACAUUAAUUUCUAUUUUUUUAAAUGGAGCUUUCCUUACCUAAAUUUAUUAUAAUAAAGUCUUGCCAAUAGAGCAGUGGAACAAUAGAGCAAAUAGUACCCUCUGGAAAACAAUUGCCUAAGGAACGGGAUACAAUGUCUAGUUGUAUUUUUAAGCAUCACUUGAAACAGAAAUUCUUGCCCCACAUCAUUUUUCCCCAAGAAGUCUUAACGACAGCAUUGGAAACUCUCGAUCAAAUGCUUCUUUAAUGAGUAAGUCUGUGGAUAGAAGCAAGCAGGCUUAUUGAAAGGUUGGAUACUAUUACUGUGUGGUUCUAUUAAUUAAAUUUAUUCCCUUAAAAUGACCUUGGAUUAAAACAGCCGCUUCUUCUGUGGUCAUGGUUAGCAGAUGUUUACCGUAAUUCUUUGCUCAGUGAAAAAAAAAAUCUCUCUUGCAACCCAACAAAAACAGCCACGUUCGCUUGGCUAAAUCAAAACUUUGGCGCUUGGGUCUUACUUUAUAUAUCAUGGCUCCAGUCACAUAACCUUUCCAAGUGUGAGGCUUAGAUCACCAGCUCCAACAUCUGCAGGAGAGCUUUGUGCACAGAGAUCCAUUAUGUGAGUGCUUAAUUCUUACACUGCUUUUGGCGUUCGUCCUUCCUCAUCAGAACCAAUAUCCUAUAUGUAAGCCUCUUUUAUUCUUCUUGUAUAAGAAUUCUAGCCUCUCUUUAAUUUUUAAAAAUUUCACAUGGGCCUUAUGGACAUUUAAGUGAGGAUUUUGAUCAUUAUAGAUAAGUCCAAGUUUGCCUUCUCAGUCAGAGAGUUUGGGCUUUCCUGGGCUCUCUCUGAAAUAAAAGUUAUUUCCUUUCCUCUUUUUUUUGUGUUCCUAAAGCGCCUUUUCUCUCUGCAUAUGGGGCCUACUUAACUAUCUCACCACUCAUAAUUUUUUGCCGAUUGCUAUGUUUUUAUUGUUUGUUUUACAGCCGUCAGUGGUCAUGGACCUUUAGAUAGUCCUUGUCCACUCCUGCUGUCUGUGGUUCUGGCAGGUAUUUUGGGACUAGCCCCCUCUUCUUUAAUGGAUUUCCGUGAGGAGGCAUGUUGCUUGCUCUUGUUCUUGGGCAGUGCUGAAAGGAACUACAACGGGAAAUCUUUGCUUUUCUUGGGAAACUCCUCCCUUUGGAAUGGAGAACUCUGGGUGGUUCUUCUUAUUUUGUUUUCAUUGCCAAAAUAAGCAGGGAUCUUGCAUAACACCAGGGUAGGAAAAAAGAAGUAAUUUUAAGGAAAACAUAUGUUCAUGUAGAGAAAAAGGGGGCGAGGACUGGGCAGGGGACAGGGGCCCACAAAGCUGAAGGCGUCUUCUUUCUAAUUCAGGUAGGAAACCAGGUUUUAAUCACUUCGGUGGGUGUAUCUUACAAAAUAAAAAAUAGAUUGCUUCCCUUCAUCCCCAAGUCUUUUCUUUGAUCUUAUUAAAAGUAAAUCUUGACCUUGGGUAGCAAAGUCUUACAGGCUAGUUAGUUGAAAUAUGUGGUGGUGGGAAUAGAUCAAAUCCUGUGUUUCGAAUAUUAUCUUCCUAUGAUCUUAGCACCUAAUUUCCUUGACGAUCAUUUGGGUUGAGAUGCCUGCCUUAAUAUGAAAUCAAAGCUAAAACUUCCCAAUUAUGAUUCCUCUUUGGUGUGAUAUUAGGAGAACAGAAAUCCGAGUAUUAAAAUGAACAAAGAUGUCUGCUCGAGCUCUUUGAUCGAUUAGUGGGCAUAUUAUUUGGCCUUUUAACUGAUUCCAAAUAAUGUCUGUUGAUAGAAACAGGGCAGAUAAUUGAGUGUUUCAGACUGUUUGUGGGUGGCAGUUUUUGAAAAUGCAGCUAAUUUGCAAAAUAGGGGGGAUGGUGGAGAGAAGAAAAAAAAAAGUUCCUUAAAUUAAGGUUUCUCAAGGUAUGAAAAUUUCAGUGUUGGGGGAAAGGCCAAUGAAGUUCUCCUUUCCCCUAUUAUAAAUUAAACACAGUAUUCUUAAAAUGUAGCUGUGAAGGAGGUAGGCCCAAGAGCAUUCUGGGUAGUGGCCUAUGUCUGUAAUUACAAAGCCAGAGUGAUCUUGUAUGGGCUCAUACAAACGUUUAGGGUCUUGGGCUGGCAGGACCAAAUUUGGAAGCCUUGGUACUGCCUGGAACUGACUGUAAGUCCAGUUCUUUCUUGCAGGCACAAAAAGUGCAUCCAAGUGGGGUCCCCAUUUAAGAAAUAUUAUAAAGCUCAGCUCUUAAAGAGCCCUGCUUUCCUUGAGUGUUGACUCAGGUAGGUUUGGAAAUUGUGGCAGGGUAGAUCCAGGCUUAUGUUCAAUCUAUUUUAUUGAAAAAUCUAAUUAAGAUUUAAAAACUCACAGAUGACAGCCCCCCCCCCCAAAAAAAAAGAAAAGAAAAAGGAAGCAAAGCCAUUUAAAGUUUAAGAUUAUUCUUAGAUAUUAGUUUAAGCUUCCAGCUAGCUAUUUUAGUUAAUCCACUCCCUUUACCCCCCUCAAAGACCUCAAAAGAUAUUGUCACUAGUACAACCAUUUCACCAGUGGGAAAAUGAAGUUAAACAGAAAAUCACAUGUACAAGAAAAGGAAUCUUGAGUUAGAUUUCUCUCAAUUCAUAGAAUAGGUUACAUUCUGUUGUUUCUCUAGUGUUUUUGUCCUUUGGGAUCAGUGAAAUCAUAAAUGGUUUGUAGAAGGCAUCUCUAUAUUAGUGGACAGUAUGAAGGACCUCAAGGAAAGUGGCAGAGCAGAAUUGGAAAUCCCCAAAGUCUCAUUUAAGAAGUAUAAUUGGCCAUUUAUCAGGUUCUUACUGUUCAGCUACUGUUGUAGGCAAUAUGCUAGCACUGUUUUAUUAAAUCCAUAUAAAACCUAUGGAGCUGCGUCCAUAUCCCGAGUCCUGGCCUCUCGCCUUCCUCCCCAGACAACAUGAGCUUCACCACCCACUCCACCACCUCCUCCACCAACUACCGAUCCCUGGGCUCGGUCCAGUUGCCCAGCCACUGGGUCCGGCCGGCCAGCAGCGCGGCCAGCGUCUAUGCAGGCGCCGGGGGCUCGGGCUCCCGGAUCUCCGUGUCCCGCUCCUCUAGCUCCCGGGGCAGCUGGGGGUCUGGGGGCCUGGCUGGAGGGGUGGCUGGGGGUCUGGCAGGAAUGGGGGGCAUCCAGGGCGAGAAGGAGACCAUGCAAGCCCUGAACGACCGCCUAGCCUCCUACCUGGACAGGGUGAGGAGCCUGGAGACUGAGAAUCGGAGACUGGAGGGCAAAAUUCGGACACACCUGGAGAAGAAGGGACCCCAGGUCAGGGACUGGAGCCACUACUUCAAGAUCAUCGAGGAACUGAGGGCUCAGAUCUUUGAGGUUUCUGUGGACAACGCCUGCAUCAUUCUGCAGAUUGACAAUGCUCGGCUGGCUGCAGAUGACUUCAGAGUCAAGUACGAGACUGAGCUGGCCAUGCACCAGUCUGUGGAGAGCGACAUCCAUGGGCUCCGCAAAGUCAUUGAUGACACCAACAUCACUCGGCUGCAGCUGGAGACGGAGAUCGAGGCUCUCAAAGAGGAGCUGCUCUUCAUGAAGAAGAACCAUGAGCAGGAAGUAAAAGGCCUACAAGCCCAGAUUGCCAGCUCUGGGCUGACCGUGGAGGUGGACGCCCCCAAGUCUCAGGACCUCAGCAAGAUCAUGGCAGACAUCCAAGCCCAGUAUGACGAGUUGUCUCAGAAGAACCAAGAGGAGCUGGACAAGUACUGCUCUCAGAAGAUUGAAGAGAGCACCACAGUGGUCACCUCUCAGUCCGCUGAGAUAGGAGCUGCUGAGAUGACACUCAGGGAGCUGAGACGUACUGUCCAGUCCUUGGAAAUUGACCUGGACUCCAUGAGGAAUCUGAAAGCCAGCCUGGAGAAAAGCCUGUGGGAGGUGGAAGCCCGCUAUGCCCUGCAGAUGGAGCAGCUCAACGGGGUCCUGCUGCACCUGGAAUCGGAGCUGGCACAGACCCGGGCAGAGGGGCAGCGCCAGGCCCAGGAGUACGAGGCCCUGCUGAACAUCAAGGUAAAGCUGGAGACCGAGAUUGCCACCUAUCGCUGCCUGCUAGAAGACGGAGAGGACUUCAGUCUCUGCGAUGCCCUGGGCAGCAGCAACUCCAUACAAACUAUCCACAAGACCACCACCCGCAGGAUUGUGGAUGUCAAAGCGGUAUCUGAGACCAACGACACCAAAGUUCUGAGGCACUGAGGCAGCAGAAGCAGGGUGCCCUCUGGGGAACCGGUGACCAAUAAAAACUUCUGCAUCUUCAAAAAAAAAAAAAAAAAAAAAAAAAAACCUAUGGAGUAGCUA